AUGUCCAAACGCGGUCUAACCUUCCCUGUCUCCUCCCCCGACCCUCCCUUCCUCUUCUCCAAGCCCGGCUCCCUAGUCUCCUGGCUCUACAACUGGUCCCCGCGCCUCACCCCCGGUACCGGCCCUGGCUGCUCUCUCCACUUCGUCCCGAUGCAAUGGAACCACGUCUACAUCGACGAGCUCCCGGGCCAUCUAAACGCCUGCUACCCCGAUCCAGAUCCAGAAUGUAACGGCCAGCCCACAAUCCUUGGUUUCAACGAGCCCGAACUACCUGAUCAAUCAAACAUGGACGUUGCGCUAGCAGCCGCCGAAUGGCUUCGUGUAAUCGAGCCAUUGCGUAGACAGGGCGUGCGCGCUGGAUCACCAGGUAUCAGCUCCGCGCCGCAGGGCGUAACUUGGCUGAGGGAAUUUAUGGAGGCUAUUCGGUCCCAAGGCUCAGACGUGGAUUUUUAUUGUCUGCAUUGGUACGGCGGCGCGAACCUGGGGGGGUUUUUAUGGUAUUACAUCUGGAGCACGCACCACCAGCUGGGACCGGACAAGCCGGUGUGGAUCACCGAGUUUGCUUGCACGAAUUGGAAUCAGGAAGAUCCGAUUCCGAAGGAGGAGGUGGAGAACUUUUGCAGGGAGAGCUGCAAGUAUUUGGAUACGCUGGAUUGGGUGGAGAGGUAUGCGUGGUUUGGGGCCAUGAGGCCGGAGACAAUUGGGAAUGUGGGAAGGUGGGCGGCGUUUUUGGGGGAUGAAGGGGAACUGACGGAGUUGGGGGCUUGGUAUAGGGAUUGUGCUGAGUAG